CUUUACCCGUGCCAAAAUGCCUGUACCGAACGGGAAUUUACAUGAAGAUGAUGAAGGAAUUGACUAUUCCGACAUUGAAGCUAAAUAUAACGUUCAGCUCGAGGAGGGUUUCGAUAACAUUCUUGUCGUGGAUGGUGUUCCAGUCAUUGACAAUUCAAAACUUGAGAAGCUCCUAGUGAAGAUCGGUAAGGAGUUCGGGAAAAAAGGCGCGCAUAUCAAACCGGACAAUAUCUUCGUGCCCUGGGACGAGAAGACAGGAAAGAGCAAAGGAUUUGUGUUCAUAGAAUUCAAGAACGCCGAUGAUGCUACCUAUGCGCUAAAUGUCAUGAACGGACACCCCUUCGAUGCCAGGCAUACAUUCCUGACAAGUAGGUUUACCGACAUUGAGAAGUUUUCGGAGAUGGACGAAACAUUUGUUGAGCCAGAACCAGAGCAAUUCCAACCAAGGGAUCAUCUACGGGCGUGGCUUACCGAUGCUCAAGGACGCGACCAAUAUGUUACCUAUAAACAAGACGACGUCACCAUCCAUUGGCAUGGAAAACCUUCACAGUCAGAGGUAGCGUAUGAAAGACGGAAUUGGACGGACCUAUAUGUUUCCUGGUCUCCGCUUGGCACGAUGCUUGCAACUCUGCAUAGGCAGGGAGUACGGCUGUGGGGUGGCCCGUCGUGGUCUCCCGUACAGAAGUUUGCACAUCCCCUUGUGAAACUGAUUGACUUCUCACCUAAUGAACGAUAUCUCGUUACUUGGUCCAACGAACCUAUUGUUAUCCCGGAGGGUGCGCCGCAGGGAGCGCAGUAUCUAUCACACGAAGAUGAGGGCAACAGCCUCGCCGUGUGGGAUAUCAAGACGGGCAAUCUUCUUCGCACGUUCCCAGUACAAAACAGUUCACAAGGUGAAGACGUUGCUACUGGUGCGAAGAAGCAGAUGCAAUGGCCCGCAAUGAAGUGGAGUGCAGAUGACCGCUACGUAGCCCGUGUGACACCUGGACAACAGAUUAGUGUCUACGAGUUACCUGGGAUGGGUCUCCUCGACAAGAAGAGUAUAAAGAUUGAUGGUGUCGUUGAUUUUGAAUGGCGGCCAAUUGGCGAUCGAGAUCGUGAAGAAGCGGAGAAGGAGAGCAAGAAUGACGCAGGUGGACCAAAAUCCAAGAGACCGAAAGAGAACAUGCUUGUGUACUGGACGCCAGAGGUGGGAAAUCAACCAGCACGCGUCUCACUCAUGAGCAUCCCCAGUCGCACGGUACUGCGAUCCAAGAACCUGUUCAACGUAACUGAGUGCAAGCUAUACUGGCAGAACCAGGGCGAUUUUCUUUGCGUCAAGGUAGAUAGACACACUAAGACGAAAAAGUCAAUCUUCUGCAACCUAGAGAUCUUCCGCGUGCGAGAAAAAGAUUUCCCUGUGGAGGUUGUCGAGCUUAAAGAUACCGUUACCGACUUUUCAUGGGAGCCGAAGGGUGAACGUUUCGCGAUUGUGUCAAGUAGUGACCCAAAUGUAGGGAAUCCUGGGCCUGGGAUUACCAUCAAGACGGAUGUCAGCUUUUACCAGCUUGAACGUGGGAAGGGAGACUUUAAAUUACUAAAGAGCCUCUCGUCGCGGACGAGCAACACGAUACGCUGGUCGCCGCGCGGAAGACAUGUAGUUCUGGCAACGGUCGGCUCCUCAUCAAAAUCGGAACUAGAGUUCUGGGACUUGGAUUUCCAUACGGACGACAUAACUGGACGCCGUGAGAUCGCAAAGGAGGACUGGGGUGCUGGAAUCUCACUGCUCGGGACGGGUGAUCACUAUGGAGUGACGGAUGUAGAAUGGGACCCUUCAGGAAGGUACUUGGCCACGAGUGCGAGUGCCUGGCGACACACGUUGGAAAAUGGCUAUGCGAUCUGGGACUUUAAGGGACAGGAAGUAGAGAAGCACAUCCUAGACCGCUUCAAGCAGUUUCUCUGGAGGCCUCGACCGCGGACACUGCUGACGAAAGAGCAGCAGCGGCAGAUACGCAAGAACUUGAAGGAAUACAGUCGGACAUUCGACGAGGAAGAUGCUGCUGAAGAGAGCAAUGUGAGUGCGGAGUUGAUCGCCCAUCGGAAGCGACUCGUGGACGAAUGGAACGCCUGGCGUGCGAAAUGCCGGAAGGAGUUGGGUGAGGAGCGCCAGGGUGUUAAUGGACGGACAACCGAGGACGAGCAGGAGGAAGAAAUUGCGAUUGAGUUGGAGGAGGUGCUAGAGGAGAUUGAGGAGGUUGUGGAGGAGUAAUAUGGUCCACAGUAUAUAAUUAUGCAUUGUUAGCAUGUUGUAGAAGUAUGAUUAGCUAGCUGUAUUGGCUGUGAUACGCGAGGGA